AAAACUAUUUUCAGUUUCUAUUUGGAAGAAACUGUGCUACCAUUAAAUAUUUGAGAAAGGAAUUUCCUCUUCUAAAUUUAAAAGCUUUCAUGAAAGGUCAUGAACAUACAUUAGUGAAAACCCCUUCAAAAUCAUGUACAAAUAAUAAUGAAUGCAUUGGAUCACACAUAACUCCCAAUAAUUCUACGAAAGCCUAUAACACUGAAUUUAUUGAACUAACCAGGAUUAUCUGGACAGGAAUUGGGACAGUUGGUUCAGUAAUUACAAUAUGCAGCAUGUUAAUUGCUAUAUUGAUAUAUACAGUAUAUCCAUGUUUACGAAAUUUCAGAUUUAGAAUACAUCUUCAUUUAUUCUUCGCAUUACUACUGGAAUCUAUUGCACAGCUUAUAUUGUCUUAUCUUUUGUUAAGUAAAGUUAAUCAAAUAAAUCUGAAUAAUGUUGAAAAUGAAACAAUACAUCAACCAUUUUCAAGUUCAAAAGAGAUGAUGUACAGUUCCAAUUCACAAUCAACAUAUAUAAUUAUACAGAAUACUAUGAUAAUUAUAUGGGAAUUAUGUCAAACUUGUGUUUUCACAUGGACAUUUAUCGAAGGAAUUCAUAUACACGAAUUAAUUGUCGUUUCAGUAUUUCAACCGUCAGUGAAUAUGUAUCCUUUGAUGAUUGCAGCAUGGGUUGUACCUAUUUUCAUAACAGGACUGUGGCUAAGUGCAUGGCUGUAUACAAAUAAAAUAGACGUAAGCUGGUCAUUUUAUACAUUUCAUUCAACUUACUGGAUUUUGAAUAGUUUCAGAUUAAUUUUACUAUCGACGAAUAUGGCUUUCCUUUUCAAUGUAAUCCGAGUUCUUGUUCGAAGACUUCAGACAAACUAUGCACCGGAAAUUCUGAAAUUAAAAAAGGCCGUAAAAGCUGUUAUCCUUUUAAUGCCGUUAUUAGGAAUUACUAAUUUUAUUGUACUUUUACCAGAACCUAAACAUCCUUUGGGAUUUUUUAUUGUUUCUGGAAUACGUCGAGUGCUGCCAACAUGGCAAGGAUUUAUUAUAUCUAUGAUAUAUUAUUUUAUGAAUAAAGAUGUUCAGAAAUGCAUACACAUGUCAAUCCGAAGAUUCAAAUCAAAAUAUCAACUAGAACAUCAUCGUUUUACUUCAUCUUCUCUACCCAUAACAAUUAUACCAACAACAAAUUCCACAUAAGCAAUAAUUAAGAAAACCUAUUUCUAUCAAUAGAAUUGAAUUCAGAUAAUAUUUAUACUUCGGAUAACGAAUAAACACUGAACAAGAGCAGUUCAAGAUACAAAACUAAGCAGACAAACACCAAUGAAGACAACUUUAUGAGUCGAAAGAAAUAUAAUUAAAAUAAACAAAUAAAAUGAUGUACAGAACAAAACAUGUUUAACCUUUAACCGAAUAUUAUGACUUACAUUAAAAACAUUUAAACAAUAUUUUCUGAUUUAUAAUGGUUCUACAAAAGGUUUCGAUAGGCGGAAAUUUUCUCAAAAUCAAUACAAUAUUCAUAAAGAAUAAAAAUAAGACAAUUACAAAAGACUUUUCCAGAAGCAAUUUCCCGAAAUGUCAUGAAAAGCCGAGAUCAGUAGAUUUGGUAAGGUGAGACGUGAAAAGUAAAAUAAAAUUGAGAAUCCAAUGAGAAUAGAGGAUUAAAAAGAAAUGACUGAAAUUGAGAACGCAUACCGUCAGAUUUUGACUCAGUGACUUAAUAGUAUUGUGUAUCCCGAAAAAACGUAAGGGUUUGGUUUCAACCUUAUGUGUGAUUGAAAGAGUAUAGAGCUAAGAUGCUUAAAGCCAGAAUAGCAUUCCUACAAAAGAAACAUACUUGAAACUCAAAGCAACUGUCACUCAAGAAUAAAAUCAGAAUUUUCAACACUUAUGUUGAAAUAAUCCUGUCAUUAGGAGCUGAAAAUUGGAUAACUACUACCAGUAUUUAUAAAAAUCUGUCUACCUAAGAUACACCAGAUCCAUUGGUCAGAGACCACCAACAAUAACUUACUCUGCCAGAGAACAAGCCAGCUACCAGUUGAGGAAGAAAUUAGGAAAACAUAGUGGAGAUGAAUAGGACAUGCUGAGGAAGUCACUAAACUGGAUCAAAAGGCAAGCCCUGAAUUGAAAUUCCCAAUGCUAAAGGAAGAGGCAUAUCAAAGAACACGUGGAUCCGGGGAUCGGAGUCAGACAUUGAGAAUAUGGGAACAACUUAGCAACAACUGAAAAGGAUCACAAAACAGAGAUACUUGAAGCUCUCUGGUUAACAAACUAUACCCCAAGAGAGGAAGCUAGUUCCAGUAACUAAGUAAGAACUUUUGAAGUGUAGUCAACGAUUUAAGUUAUCUGGUACACUGAAAAACUAUUACUGAAGUUCAAUGCAGAGAUAUUUACACAUCUUUUAUUACUUGACGAUACACAGAAGAGAAAGAUGAGUCAAAUUCCAAUAGCUUCUUCGUGAGGACGAUUUGAAGAACAAGAUUUUCCAGAGUCGUAAACAGGUCUACGACUGACGUGGCGUCCAAACCGUUAUCAAUCAAAGGCUCUUCUAAAUCUCUUUUGAUAUUUACAAAUACAAAAUAAAUAAUUAUUACUACAAUAAAAAGUCAUCCAAAAAACUAAGAACUUCUUUUGAAAUCUGGUGCACUUGUUAAAUGGUCCAUUAACAAAAUGGACAAAGGGAACCAUAAAAACUUGAGAGUAGAGUGGACAAAACUACAUUAUAAGGAAGAUAUGACAAGUUUUCCCAAAUCUAGUCAAAAACUAUAGAAUCAACCAUUUGAAGUUAUGUGUUGCGAUCCAAAGUAUGCAAAAGAUACUUCGUUGACUGAAACUAAGACCAAAACCGUAAAACUUACGGGACUCUAUUGUCGUCAUGUUACAAGUAUUGGAAACAUAACGCGAAGAUCAACACACGCGUUAUGUUUCCAAUACUUGUAACAUGACGACAAUAGAGUCCCGAAUUCCUCGUCGGCGUGCGAAUUCUGCAGAACCCAGGACAAAUUAUUUCGUGCGAAAACUUUCCAAAUUGGUUUUAAAUGAAAGCGACCUUCAAAAUACUUCUCAUCUCAAGGAUUUUAAUAUGAACCGCAAAUUGUCUACACAACAGCCAAAGUUUACUAAUCCUUUUGCUCGUCUGGAUUUUCGUAAAAAAAGGAAGAAGACUACUAAAGUCAAAGUACCACCAUUGGAUUUUCCCCAGUCGUAUACUGAGUUGAUUUUGGAACUUGCCUACACAUCAAACUUAACACGUCAAGUUAUUCGACCCUUUAAUCGUUGUCAUUUAAUCAGUCAAUUAACUGAAUGUGCACGCUUGAUUCGUGGACGUAUCGCUUCUGGUGCUGCAUGUAUCCAGCUUCCGUUACUGGCCGAUUCCAAAAAGGACGAACAACGUAUGAGUGACAAUCGAAUGAUUAUGGCAAAGAUUAAUCAGUUCAAUGAAGCACAUGCGUUAUUUACUGAUUGGAUUAAUAAACUUUCAUCAGCUCCAUUUGUAACUAACACAUUUGGUCCAACAGUUGUUCAACCUUCUGAUGGAAAUAGUCCUACAGAUCAACAGAUUCUACUAUCAAAAUCAAAUUAUUCUAUACAGGAUGCUAAUUUACUACAAGAUUUACAAUGUGAUGGUGAAUUGUUAUUCUGUCAACUUCAAUCAUGUGCUUUGGCUGUGUUUGAAUUACUCAAAAAUGUUGGCUACACCACGUUUGUUGAACCGUCAUGUAUGGAAGCUUCGCUGUAUAAAAGUUGCUAUGCACAAAAUGAAUCAACCCCUACUCAUUUAAACAAAAAUGGUCAUGAAAUUAAAAACAGUGGUACCGAAAUUCUUAGUCAUUCUAAUUCGUAUAACAAUACAUCAAUAAAAAGUUCAAGUGUGUUCACUGAUGAAGAUCGUGAACUUCUAGCUAAACUAUGGCGUUAUUUAGAUCCUAACAAUAGUUUAUCAGGCACCAAUUCACCACCACCAAAACCUCCACUACCUAAUUUAUGUCCUCUCAACAUUCCAUUCUCUGAUCGUCGUACAGAUUUAGUCAGCUCUAGUAAUCAAUCUUCUCAACUUAGUAUGAACCCAUUUGAUGAUCCAAACUUGUUAGCAUAUUUAUGUAUAAUUGCUUCUACUGCUCAACAAAAGUACCCUUCAAAUUCAAGUCCAAUUAAGAAAAGUUCAGAUUGUCAAAAAGAAUUUACAUUGCCAACCACCAGAUUGGAUUUAAAUGCAACUGACCACUUGUGUUUCCCAUUAGUCGAUGAGUCGGAUACUAGUGAUCUAGAGUCGAAUUUCAAUUAUCUUAAUAAUUCGAUUAAAUUAGAUAAUUCUUGUACAAUACAAACACCUAGUUGUAAACCUAACAGCGCAUUAUUUUCAAUUAAAGAUGCCUCACAUUCUGUUAUCGAACAACCUAAACUGCCUACGAGACAAAAGGAAAAAGUUGAUCACUUUGAUGAAACAUCGUUAUAUUCAACAAAUUGUAACGGAAAGUUUUCACAUGUUCAUUCCAGUCGAAAAUUACCAUUUCAAUUGAAAGACUGUAAAUACUGGUCAAAAUCAAUGUCAUCUGCAGAUUCGAACAAUCCACUUAGUGAUAGUUUAAUGCAGGAGGAAGUAGCAAAAAUGGUGAUGCAUUUACAAGACAAUGAUUCGUGUACUUCACAUCAGCUGGAAAAUCCUCUAAUUACAUGCACACCAAGUGCAAGUAACUCCAUUGCUACUAGUUCGUCUGAUGCGACUAUUACUACUACUAGCACUACACUUACUACUGUCAUUCCAAAUGAGCAAAACACUUCAACUUUAAAUAGUGAUGCCAACUGUGAAUCAAUGACAUCCAUUACUGAGGAUAUUGACGAUCGUUCACCUAAUUGUCAUUCUGAAGUAAAAUCCGAUACAGAAGAUGUUUAUGAAUUCAUUGAAGCAAAUGGUAAAAAGUAUCGACGUCAUUUUCAACGACGUGUUGUCAUUGAACGGCAUAAAGUUAGAGAAAUUAUAUUAGCACCAUCACUUCCAGAUGGUAUGGGACCAGAUCUUAAUCGAGUUACACUCAGCCGAUCUGAUCAGAUAGAUGCUAAAUCCGUCAACAACAAUAGUAAUAAUGAAGUUAUUCCACCAAUUGAUAAAUUAUCAUUAAAUAACUCUUGUAACUCUUCUUUAAAUCAUAUCAAUGCAUCGAACUCUCCUGAAUUUAAACCUCGAUUCGGAAAAUGGAAUAUUUCCUGUAAUAAUGCUGCUAAUGAACGCAACGAUUGUAUGGAUCAUGACGAUUUAGAAGAAUCCCAGUUCACCACAGCUGACGCUGGACCACCUAAACCAUCUUUACCGAAUGAGAAACCAUUGAUUAGUUAUAUGUUUCGAUUCGGAUCAUCUGAUUGUGACAAUCCAGAUGAUGAACGACGUUUAUCUGAUCGAUUAAUUGAUUUUUUCCGUGAUCAAUGGUUAAAAGAAGAGUCUGCAGCAGGACCACAUGAACGUAAAAAAGUUAUUUCUUAUACACAAAGUUAUACACAACCUACAACCAAUGGUGAUUUUAUUCAUAAAUCAACGUGGAUUCAACAUACAUGCACAGUUCGAAUGGUUGGAGGUCUUCAAGGAUUAAAAGCUCAGGCUGGUCGUAAUGCUGAAAUGAAAUUACCUGAAAUAUUAUCAGACGAUGAAUUUUCAGAUAAAAUAUCUUGUAAUUCACUUACUUCAUCAUCCAACGAAAUAACAUCAUCUUUAACUGAAGAAACAGAUGUAUCACAACAAUUAAAAGAGAAUUCAUCAAAGUUUAACCGUCACCAACCACAAAUCAUUAUUACCAGUGACGAAACAGAUGAUGAAGAAAUACGUGAUAACCAUAUCUCUACAGUAACUCAAGAAAGAGAAAUUUACACAACUCUACCUAUCGUGGAAGCUACUAAUAUACUACCUAUCCUAAGUCUUUUAAAAGCAAACGAUUAUUUAGUAUGGGGUGAUCGAAAUUCUCUAAAUGAUAUUUCUGUACAUGCUGGAUGUAUUGAUGCUUUAAUAGUAUAUAUAACAUCAUAUGGCCGUAUGUCACCAUCAUAUUAUUUAUUUUUCGAAACAUUUCUUUUUAUGUAUCGUUCAUUUAUGACAUCUGAUGAAUUAGUGAAUCGUUUGAUAACGCGUUAUCAUUACUUUAGCCAUCCUCCACGUUAUUUAUCACAUUUGACAAAUUUAUCUCAUGAGACCAGAUCUAAAGUCUGUACGUCUACUGUGUCAAUUUUAGUGACUGUGGUUACACGAUUAAGACAUGAUUUAAAUGAUAAAUUGCUAGAAAUUCUUCAAAAUUUCGAAGAAACUCUUUCACAAGACGAAUAUAAAUCACUCAGUCGAAUCUUACACAUUACAAUUUUUCGUCAGUCACAGGAAAACUUACAAAUUCAUUCUAACUCAAUAAACACUGAGUUAAUCAAUAAUAAUAUGCGUAAAUCUGAUUCAUUUCUAUCAAAUAGUGGUCGAACCUCAUCACUAGGCGAUGUAUCAUCCGAUCAAUCCAUGUUAAAUAGAAUUAAUGAAACAGAUCAAUGCGCUGAAUAUAAUGAAAAUGUUGGAUUUAUUACAUUACCAAAGACUAAAUCUAGACGAUCACAUGCUUUGGAAAAUGUUGAUCGUUAUUCAGUGAUUGAAUCGACAGAAAAUGAUUAUGUCAAUCCUUCUUCUGCGAUAAAUUCACUUCCAACUAAAAGAAUCUUGUUGAGUACAUCAAAAAGUAGUCUUGGCCUAUUGAAUUUUCCUGCAAAAUCUUUAGCUGAACAACUUACCUAUUUAGAAUGUUUAAAUUAUUAUAAAAUUAAUGUUUUUGAACUGCUUGAUAUUUCAAAACUAGAGCAAGGUAAAGCACCUGGUGUAGCCGCUUGUGCACAUCAUUUUACAAUGCUUUCUAACUGGGCCACUUAUCAAAUUUUAUCCUUGACAAGUGCAUCUGAUCGUGAUAAGGUUGCAAAUCGUUUAUUGGAUGUUAUGGAACACUUGUACAAACUCCAAAAUUUUAGUUCCUACCUGUCUUUACUUUGUGCAUUUCUCCUAGUACCAGAAGCUUUGUUUUCUCGAAAAACACUCAGUCGUCUUAGUCGGGUUACGCCGUACAUGCAACCGCCUUACUUUUCAAAAUAUCGUCGUGACUUAGAAGCAGCCAGUCCGCCAUUAAUACCAUAUUUAGGUUUAAUGCUGCAGAAUUUAAUUGUCCUAGAUCAGGGUAAUCCAUUGUUUUUAAAGACUCUUCCAAGUCAAUUAGUUGAUAAAUAUCAAUCAUGUCAUGGCCCUAUUAUAAACUUUUGGCGAUGUUGGAAACAUUUUCUGAUCAUACACGUUUUUGUCAAACAAGAGAAAAUGGAUCCUGAAAAAUCUCGUUAUUCGAUCCGUCCUGAUAUGAAAAUCUUACAAUUUCUUGGCAAUUUUAAAAAUUCUUUACCUGAAUCAGAAUUACGUCUCUUAGCUAAUCGUUUACGUCGAAGUAUUUCAUAAUUUCAUCAUUUAAUUAUAUUACAACAUUUAUGUAACCUAUUGUUUGUUACUAAUCAGCUCAUGUGUAUAAAAUAACCUAUAAUAUGUACAAUAAUACCAUUGUUUUAAUGUAUCAUUUUACUUUUUUUUUUUUAAAAAAAAAUGCAUAUUUUGAGGUAAUUUUUAAUUGUAAAUUUCAAGAUUUUUUGUUGCUUAUCAUAAUAUCAUUCAUACUUUAGAUUAUUGUUAUCAGUCUUUGUUUUAAAUAUAUAAUGAAUAUCUAUUGUAUACUACUCAAAUCUUAUUAUUGAAUAACUAAUAUUUGUUUACAUUUAAGAGAUUGGCUGUGUUAUUUGUAUACCUUUCUUUAAAAACAAAAAGACAAAACAAUGACAAUCACAUAUAUUUCUCUCAGAUGAGUUCCUCUAUAUAUUAUGUAUUGUGUUGUAUAGAAAAGAAUAUAUAUAUAUAAUUACGUUUCGGUGCAAUACAUCAUCAUUACUAUUAUUUUUACUCAUUAUUAUGCUGCUCAAAAUUUGUAAAUAUUUCUCCAUUGUUGAAAAGUGUUAUUUUUUGUCAAUUCAUAUGUACUUUAAAACCUAUUAACUUUGUUCUUUUUUUAUCAUGAAUAUGUACAAACAUUCACGUUGUUCCAUAGUGGCAAUAUUAUCUUUUCCUACUGUAGAUUUUUACGGUAAAAAAAAAAUCGUUCCUUCUGUUUAUUACCUCGUCAACUAAUGUAUCAUUAGUUUUUAUCAUAAUAUACUUAUUUUAUUAUUAUAAUGAUGAUUAUUGUUCAUAUAUUUUGUUCAUAUGUCUUCUAUUAUUUAUACCAUAGAUUUCUUUCUCAAAAAAGAUUGUUGUAGUUAAAAAUUUGUUAUUUUUAUUGUUUGUUUUCUUAAUAAAAUGACUUCAAUUAUUUAAUUGAUGCUAGUAGAUAAGUAAUGAUUUUGGUCACUUAAGGAUGCUUUAAUGUUAAUACAACUUCUGAUACUAUCAAUACUACUACUACUACCACUACUACUAUUACUAAUAGUGGUGAUAAGAGAUCUAACGACAGUUGUUAUUCAUGUCAUAAUACAAUUAUUCCUUAUAUCUUUAUGAGAAAAUAAACAUUUACAUUGAUUUUAUUUUAUAUGAUAAUAUAAUCCAAACAAAUACUUACGCACACUUUUGUUUCUUCUUCGAGAUAAAACGGUUCCUUUUUUUAUCCUUUUUUUCAAAACAAAAAAAUGACAAAAAGAUAAUGACAUAAACUUUCAUGUCACUCAGUUUCACAAAACAAAAACAAAAAAAUUUUUUUCUCAUUUAUUCUUAGCAAUUUAAAGAAGUCAUUCAAUAUAUGUGUAUAGAAAAACAUAUUUAUCUUAAAAGAAAAAGAAAAC